CUGUGGGUUUGCGCUUCAAGCCCGCGUAACCGCCUGAGUCCUGCGUCACCGGCGUGACGUCAGAAAAAGAACGUCAUAAUCCCGCCCAGCAAGCUGCCGCCUGCCCCCGAUCAGGGUGAGAAAAAUAAUACGUUCUUAUAUUUUCCGUCGGGGCUCGGCACUCCAUAUUGUGCGUACGGGGGGGAUUAUUGGCCGCCUGACCGGCUCUGACAGAGCACAUUACUUUCUGUACCAAAGAAAUGGUGAUGGAGAAGCCAAGUCCCCUGCUUGUAGGGCGGGAAUUUGUGAGACAGUACUACACACUUUUAAAUAAAGCACCAGACUUUUUGCACAGGUUUUAUGGAAGAAAUUCUUCAUAUGUACAUGGAGGGCUGGAUGCCACUGGAAAGCCGCAAGAAGCAGUUUAUGGCCAGGCUGAAAUUCACAAAAAGGUGAUGUCUCUUCAGUUCAGUGAAUGCCGUACCAAAAUCCGGCACGUAGAUGCGCAUGCUACACUGAGUGAUGGCGUUGUGGUGCAGGUCAUGGGUGAACUUUCCAAUAAUGGACAGCCAAUGAGAAAGUUCAUGCAGACAUUUGUCCUUGCUCCAGAAGGUUCAGUUCCAAACAAAUUCUAUGUGCAUAAUGACAUCUUUCGUUAUGAAGAUGAAGUGUUUGGUGAUUCAGAAGCCGAGAUGGAUGAAGACAUUUCUGUUAUAGAAUCUGAAGAGGAAGUUGAGGAGGAGCAAGAGGAAAGGCAACCUUCUCCCGAACCAGUGCAAGAGAACAUCAGCAAUACAUACUAUGAGCCUCACCCUGUUUCAAAUGGAGUGGAGGAAACAUUAGAGGAGCCAGUUAAUGAACUGGAACCAGAAUCUGAACCAGAAAUUAAGGAUGAGGAGAUAAAACCAGAAACAGAAGAAAAAGUGCAAGAGGAGUUGGAAGAAAAGUCACCAACCCCACCGCCUGCUGAACCUACUGUUCUACCACAAGAACCACCCAAGGCUUUCUCCUGGGCAUCAGUGACCAGUAAAAACCUGCCUCCCAGUGGUACUGUGCCAGCAUCAGGAAUACCACCCCAUGUAAUUAAAGCUCCAGCCUCACAGACAAGAAUAGAUGUUAAACCAGAAGCUCCAGUCCAGUCUCCCCGUGUAAGAGAACAGCGUCCACGGGAAAGACCAGCUUUUCAACCAAGAGGGCCAAGGGCAGGUCGCAGUGACAAUGAACAGGCAGAGUCUGAUAAUCGUCGUAUGUACCGUUAUCCUGACAGUCACCAACUGUUUGUUGGAAAUUUGCCACAUGAUAUUGAUGAAAGUGAGCUGAAAGAGUUCUUUAUGAGUUAUGGAAAUGUGAUGGAGCUGCGUAUUAAUACCAAAGGUGUUGGCGGAAAACUACCAAACUUUGGCUUUGUUGUGUUUGAUGACUCUGAGCCAGUUCAGCGAAUUUUGCUUUCAAAACCUAUUAUGUUUCGUGGAGAGGUACGGUUAAAUGUGGAAGAGAAGAAAACUAGAGCAGCAAGAGAAAGGGAAACUCGUGGUGGAGACGACCGCAGAGAUAUACGACGCAAUGAUAGGGGAACUGGAGGGCCUCGUGGGGUCAUCGGUGGUGGAAUGAUUCGUGACAGGGAUGGGAGGGGCCCUCCACCACGAGGAGGAAUGGUCCAAAAGCUUGGCAGCGGAAGAGGAGGAGCUCCACCUGUAGAGGGUCGUUUCUCUGGCCAGCGCCGCUGAGUAGAGUCACUAUUAACAUCCAGUGAAGCCUACAGUGGUACCUUUAUUCAUAGUGUUUGCAUUCUUGUUAAUUUUUUUAGCUUUGGAAUGUGACACAGCCUUUUUUCUCUUCCCAUGAUUUCUUUUGAUGUGAGAAAAGCAUCUUUUGUUACCAGUUUCAAUUGAGGUGAACUUUCUUUUUUCCAGUUUCUCAGCAGGAUUUAAACUGUUAAUUUAUACAUCCCAACUUUGGAAAUUUGAGAACGGAGAUAACGUAGCGCUGCAAGUAUUCACAUGGGCAUUGUAAGGCAACUUCCUGGUAAAAUUCUCAUAAAGCCCUCUGCUGCACAUUUUAAGUAUUAGAGUUUCUUCAUUGGAGACAAGAGUAGUGCAACGUAUGCCUCUUCUGUCACAAAAGAACAAGUGGUUCAAAGAAUCUUAGAAAAUAAACAUGAGGAUGUUCUAAUUUUAUUUGGUUUGCACACAUAUGCCACAAAACUGAGGGUAGGCAAACCAUCGCAGAUGUAAAUUCUUCAAACCUCAUAGUUCUGAACUUUAUAGUGUGAAUUUGAUUCUUCAAAGGGUAUCAUCAUAUGCACUAUUCAGGGUUUCGUACAUGAAGAUUUCUUUUUUUUUUUUUUUUUUGCACUUGCCCCUCUGACAUGCACAGAUGGGUGGCUGCUCAAUCUUCUCCAACUCUCCAAACCCCCUUUUUUCAGCUUUGUACAGUAUAACUUGUACUGAAAUGUCUUUGUUUUCUGGUAAUGUAAUAAGCAUGAUGGUGCCUUCUAUGAACACAUCAUUCCAGUCCUUGCUGGUGAUUUUGUACAGUGAAUGACUUACUGUGCUGCAAAGCCAAACUGCUUCAAUACGUUUAAGAAUCAUUGAAAAGCCUGCCUAACCAAACUGCAGUAUGUGUAUAUGGGUAGACAUUAUUCAAGUUUUCAUGUUUGCUAUGGUUCACAUUAUCUACCGUUGGCAUGCACUUGCCAGAAGUAGGGUCCAGUAUGUGGAAAGGAGUCCUGAUCAUGUCUGUGUGUUUAAAGCCCUUAAUGUAACUCUGUAUAGAGUGUACAAAGGGGGUUAUUUACAUGGUGCCCUGCAAAUGUCCAGUUGCAAAGGAUUUACUGUAAUGCUCCUCAAAUAGACCAGCAGCUCUAAGUGUCUGCACUAUACAGUAUUGUACAGGGUUUUGUUUCUUAGCUUUGUUUUCCGUUCUGCACAAAUACUGGAAAAACACAUCAUCCAAGGCUUUUGGUGGAAGCCCACAUGUCCCUACAAUUUUUUUUUUUCAUGCAGCUUUUCCCUCAAAUCGGCUACUCUUAAUGCAUCAUUUCGGGAUGGACUGUCUAGAUCCACACAUUCCAGUAAACUACAAGUGUAGCACAGGAUACUGAGCAGCCCGGUGCAGUAAGGUACAAUGGUGCCCAUUGUGAACACUUAAAGUUGUUUUGAGAGGACAGAAGACCUUGUUCCACCGUAGUGGCAAAAAUGCACAUGGACUAACAUGUUGCUUUCGACUUAUGCAACUGUUUCCCGAGCCUUCAUUCAAACUAACGAUUGUGCACAAAAUUAUUUGAUUUUCCGCUCGACAUGGCAACGUUUUUACGUGUGUCGGAUUUCUCAUUUCUACCCCCCCAACCCUUUUUAUGUUUGUCACUUGAGGUCUUCUGUGUUUGAUGGCAAGUCUUGCACUAUUUCAUACAUUUCUGGGAUGCAGAUUUCUCAUGGUUAUAAUUUUAUAGAUACAUUAUAUAUUUUGUGUUAUAAAAGUUUUGCAUUUGCAAUCUGUUACCUGGAAGUAUUGUACUUGAAUUCCCUAAGAUACAAGCAAACCUCGGACUGUUUUUUGUCAUUCCACUUUAGUGACGGAAUUGUUUGCCAGCAAUUCUGUUACUUGGUUUUGUUUUUAUCCCUCCUCCCUCUUUUUUUUUUUUUGUUCCUUUUUUUCUUCACUGUUAAACCCCAUCACCAUCUGAACUACAUAAUGGCAAACUGAACUGGGAAAAGGCAACAUAAGGAGCAUAAGAGCCAUUAAGCUUUCCAGUCUGCUUCAUGCUUCAAUACCUUGAAUAAACAUCCAUGACGUUUACUCGGUGAUUGUUCACCUUACUAUACUGUGUACAUUUAAGUGUUACUGUCUUACUGUCUUAAUAUUUCAGCAAAUGUACCUCAUCCAGCAUAGUAGCGGUUCCUUUUCAUUAUUCUUUAAUUUUUGCUUUAUCAUUGCACUUCUAUUCCAACACAGUUGACACACCAUAUUUAAUUCAGCGUAGAAGACCAUUGGUGAAUGGUUUACCAAUCUUAGCUGUAAUGUGUUGAACAUUAUAUGCCAAUAGAUUAUAGUACAUUUGUUGCAGAUGAUGGAGAGUAUUUUGACUUCAGUUUUUUUCCAUAUUUGAAUGUGUUCAGACUAAACAUAUAAUAAAAAAAACUACUGAUGUCUA